UUCAGCAUACUAAAAUAUCGUUUGAACACACAACUUUGGUGUGCGUCACUAUUAGCUGGCAGGAAAGUAGGGAAUUAUAAGCGACAUAACAACUACGUGUGCUGCGUAAGCUGGCUAGUCGACCGAUGAACGUGUCGACGUAUGUAACCGGUGACGUGAAAAAUAAAGUAUGUUGGAGUGGAAUAAGAAGAUUAUUAGUAAUGACUAGUGUUCGUUAAACUCCCAUAAAAAAGAACACCAAGAAACGAGGAGGAAAUAACGAAUAAAUUAAACAUACCGAUUUCAGCGUGGUACAGUUAUCGGUAACGAACUUGCCUUGCAUGAAAGCUCUGAAGCGAAUGCCCAAAGGUAAGGUCUAAGGAUAGUGUCUAAAGGUUUCUAACGGAUUACCCUAACGGGACCUGACCAAAUUCGCCUCCCCGAAUGCUGUCCGAUUCGCUUUUGUUUCACGUGUAAAAGUGCAGCAAACAAAACGGAUACGCAUUAGACAGGAUGCAAGCCUGACGAGACGAAGAUAGAAAGUGUUUGUAAAUCAGCCGUUUGGUCAUCGCACGCUUUCGAUGACGCUGGCAUGGCGCUCAAGACCGCAUUACAGCGAUCCGUUUUAAGGUUUCUUAAGUAGAGUUCAUUGACAUUCUAUGAAUUAUUUCAGCGUUCCUGAUCUAGCAUCUUAGACUCUUCUUUCUCGAGUCAGAUUUUAUAUUCCGCCAUGUUCUAGCGGUUUUACAAUCGUAUUUGAAUCCAAUCGGCGCAGAUUAAGCAGCGUCCGGUGCGGUACGUAUCAAGAACGUAAAUGCAUUUAACGUGCAACGGCAUUGCAUUGCAUUGUCAGAAACAGGCGAUAGAUUGGUCAAGGAAAUUGGAAAGUUUACACAGUUUUUAAACGGAAAUCAUAUUAUCAGCCUAACCAAGUUUGCGGAACGCUACCAAUCUAGAGGCCAAUUUUUUUUCUAACAAAUAGCACAGAUUUUUGGAAACAAAGUUUCUCGUAACCGCAAUCAAUGGAACAUCAGCCCGCCUGUGCAGUUUGCGGAAAAGAAACGAUACAUAAAUGCAGUGCAUGUGGAAAUGCUUAUUAUUGCAGUAAGCAACAUCAGAAAGAAGACUGGAAAAGACAUGCGCAAUCUUGCAGAGCGUUUAAGUUGGCAGAAAGUCCUACUUUGGGUCGUUAUUAUGUGGCAGCGAGGAAUAUCAAAGUAGGAGAAAUCGUUCUGAAAGACGAUCUGCCUUUGGUAGCAGGCCCCAUGCAUAAUUCUCUACCUGUAUGCCUUGGAUGCUACACGGAAUUGCAUGAAAAUAAUGCGGUUCCCUGUACUAAAUGCGGAUGGCCCCUGUGUUCAAACUGCAAAGAUCACGGAACCGAGUGCGACUUUACCUCUUCCCGCAGAGACGAUAAGGUAUCGAUUACGGAAUUUGGAUAUCCGCAUCCAACUUAUCAAUGUAUAAAUGUUAUAAGAGCGUUAUCACUGAAAAACAAUAAUGCGGAAUCCUACAAAAAAUUAUUGUCUCUCGAGAGCCAUUGCGAGAAAAUAAAGAAUAGAAAAAAUUUUAUUUUCGAAGAAUCAGAGAAUUUGGUACGUUUUAUCAAGAGAUUUUUCAAAACGGAUGAUAUACCGGACGAAGAAAUUAUGAAAAUUAUCGGUGCAUUACAGAUUAACGGACACGAAGUGCCUCUGACAGAUCCACCGUAUGUAGCAGUUUACGAAUUGGCAUCUUUGCUCGAACAUAACUGUAAAGCAAAUUGCUCGAAAAGUUUCACCGAUAGGGGUGGAUUAAUUAUUCAUGCCGCCACACCUGUCACAAAAGUUCUCUGGAAGAAGCGACGAGAUCAUAUUUCUAUAUGUUAUACGGAUCCAUUAUGGGGUACGGUAAACAGAAGACACCACCUUCUAGAAACUAAAUAUUUUGAAUGCACCUGCGAACGAUGCAGCGAUCCAACUGAAUUUGGAGUUAUGUUUGAUGCUGUAAAAUGCAAUGAAACCAAUUGCUUAGGAUACACGUUACCAAGAACAUUUCUUGGUGACAAACAACAAGAUUAUGCAUGUACAACUUGUGCAGCGGUUGUUCCCUGCGAGAAAAUCGAAGAAACGUUGGAGAGGAUUGGUAUACACCUUUCAAAAAUCGAGAAAAACAACAUCAGUGCAUGCGAAAGAUUUUUGAAUUGUUACAAAAACGUCCUUCAUCCAAAUCACUUUUAUAACAUAGAUGCAACUAUCGCCCUGGCUCAGUUGAUCGGUCAACACGAUGGAUUGCAAGCAGUCGACGAAAAUCUGCUUGCUGACAAAGUAGAAUUAUGCAAAAAACUCGACAAUAUACUGAAAGUACUGGCGCCUGCUGAAAAUCGAAUUCGAGGAUUGAUUCUGUUCGAAAUGCAUGCUGCUCUUGCAGAAUUUAGUAGAAGACACACAGAGGAUGAUACUCUAAUAUUAUUACUGGAAUCAAAGAAAUGCUUAAUCAGUGCUCAUGAAUUAUUAAGAUACGAACCAGAAGUUCUUCCAGAGGGAAAGAUAGCUGUUAAAGCAAAGGAAAAUUUGCUAAAAAUAAAUGAUAUUCUGCAACGAUGCAUUUAUUUUUGGUUCAUUAACAGAUUAAAAUACUUAUUUAUAUAUUUCAUGGAAGAUGUUCUUCUUUACCACAAACGGAAACUUGUUACCUAGUGUGUAACAGUAGAAAUCUAUUACCUACUGUGCAAUAGCUAAUGAAUAUUUGUUGCUAAAAAUACAAGUGCAAUAACAGAACAAUAAAUUAAAUACACCAAA